AUGCCUGGUUUGGAAGAUGUUGACGCCAGUGACGAGGAAGACGAAGAGGAUGAGGAAGGGGAGGUUGAAGAGACUGACGAGGCAGAACUUGAGCGUCUGAUUGAGGAGUGGACCUCACCAGUCUACGCGUUCUUCCAGCCCAUCCCUGAUAUUACCUACGAUGCCAAGGGCCGCCGUGCUCAUGAAUUCCGCUGUGCCACGGCUGUUUGUAAGUGCAAAGGGGCCAACGUGAGGAUGGUUCGGUGCUAUCUUGAUACGACGGACCGAAAAUCGACAAGAAACCUGAAGUGCCAUGCAACUGGAUGCUGGGAAGCUGAGACCAUAGAUAGUGCUUUGGAAGUGAAGGUUGACAUUUGCUCUGCUUGCGCAACCCUCGGAAACCUCAAGGAUGGUUCAAUUAUGGCUGCCUUUGAACGGAAGGGGAAAGGGAAGAUCACGUACUCACAUCGCCAGCACACCAAGCCAGAAACCUGUGUGGAGAUCGUUCGUUGGGUGGCGGAGAGUAUGUGCCCUUUCAGUAUAGUUGAAGACCAUGGCUUUCGCUGCCUCAUGAAAACGGGGAGGCCUGAAUAUUACUUACCAUCGCAUUCAACCAUUUCCUGA